AUGCUAGCGCUUGCCACGAUUACGUACUUGACGCUCCUCGUCACAUCUGGAUGGGCAUCCAUGUGCUCGGACGCCGAUGGAAUGAAUGAUGAACUAAGACAGGUUUUCGUUGACCAACACAAUAUGUAUCGCUCACAAAUUGCCAAAGGACAAGCCAAAAAUAAGCUCGGGUGGUUACGCUCCAAAGGCGGCAAGGAUGCUGAAGAUGGUACGACUGCGAUGGUUUCCAGUAUUUUUCUGCGAUUAAAAUAA